AUGAUCACCGAGCGAGUCGGUGAAGUUACUUAUAGACUUGAGUUGCUUCCAGAGUUAUCAAGAGUGCAUGAUGUGUUUUAUGUUUCAAUGCUUCGACAUUAUGUUGCAGAUCAUUCAUAUGUGAUUCCUCCUCAACCAUUGGAAAUUAAUUCGGAUUUGACUUACGACGAGGAGCCAAUGACUAUUUUGGAUUGGAAAGAUAAGGAGCUGAGGAAUAAGACAGUGCAUCUGGUGAAAGUUCUAUGGAGAAAUCACUCAAUGGAAGAGGCUACUUGGGAGACAGAUGAUGGGAUGAGAGAGAUGUAUCCACACUUGUUUUAUGACUAUUAG